AUGUUCGCCGCCGCCGCCACUGCCUCCCUUCACUGGCGACCCGGCAGCGGCAGCAGCAGCGGCGGCGGCUCCCUCCGCAGCGGCGGCGGCGCGCUGCUGCCGCCGCCUCCUCAGGAGCACCCGGCAAGGGGCCGCAGGAGAGAAGCCCUCGAGCUUUCGUCGGUGCUGGUGCUGCCGCCACUGCCGCCACCGCCGGGAAUCACACGGGCUCCUCGGUCCCAGGCUGCAGCUCUUGUUGCCAUGAUGAUGAUGUCACGGACGCAACCACUGGAGGGAGGGGAGAGGGGGGGUGUGUGUGGCGAAGGGAGGCUGCGAGUAGUGCGGGGGAGGGGGCUCGGCGGGAAAAGGAGCGAGAGGGCGGGCGCCCAGGCGGGACACGGAGGGCGGGGGCCGAGAAGGGGCUUUCUCCCCCUCCCCGGGCACGCGGCGAGGGAGGCGGCCGGCGGCCGGCAGGACCCGCGCGGGAUCGAUGACUCGGCUGGCGGGCACGGUCACCUGGGUGAGGGGCAGCGGAAGGGGCGGCGGAGCACCGAUCUCAUGGAUGGGCUCCGAGGGGGUUGCGGGAGGGGGGCGCCAGUGUUCGGGGCCGUUUUGGCGGCUAUGCAGGAUUGGCAGGAGCUGCGAUGCUCACACUUGCCUCGCCGACCGCCAUUUCACAUCCAGCAGAGGAGGCGGGGGCAGCCGCUGAGACGGUUUUUCACAAGUUAUGAAAUUGGAUGUGCCAUACAACAUGCUCUUCAGCUGGUCGGAAAACGAAAGUAUUUUUUCAAGGCCUGGCUGACUGUUGUGUCAUCUUCUACAUGGACUUGUGGGCCCACAGCUGAAUGGGAGGCAGAGAGAUGCAAAAAGUGAGCUGAGUGGCAGGAGGACUAAUUCCUGUCCUCUCUUUAUUGCCAUGGGAUUCGCUUUCAAUCCUCACUCUUCAGGCUUUCUCCAUAUUUACGUGCUUGUAACUCUGGCAUGACCUUUGCUCCAGUCUCUACCAGAGGGCGGUGCCUGGAUUGAAGUGGAAAAGCCCUGUUUUCCAGCCAUGACCCAGGGAGCAAGCACUGACUCCUCAGGGGAACAGGAGACCUGCCAACUAGGACCCUGGGAGCCCCCAUGCUGGCAGUGCCCUGGGUCAUCUCAGGCUCAUCAGCAAAUCCUGGGGGGAGAGCGGGGCUGGAGGGCGAAGAAGCCCAGGAGAGUUCCUGGCUCAGAACCCCUCUCUGAGGCUCCCGAUACAGAGCCCAGGCCCCACACCCAGAGCCUCUGAGUAUUUUUGUUUAUUGUAUGUAAAAUACUAGUGUAUUUUUGUUUAAGUCUCACAGGUAAACAGGUUCUCUCAUACUUUGCCAAGGGAAAUGUAAUCUGUGCAAUUUGGCAAUAACUAUCAGAAUUUUAAAAGCUUAUGCCCUUUGACCUAGUAAUUUCACUUCUAAGAAUUUCCCCUGCAGAGAUAUGUAUAUCUUGUAUGAAAUGAAGAGGCUACGAAGACAGGCAACGCCGCAGUGUUUAUAAUAGCAAAGACCAGACACAGCCCACAUGUCUAAAGGUUCUGAUUUUUAAAACUGUAGUAUAUCUGUACAAUGAGCACUCCACAUCCUUUAAGAAUGAGGAAGGGCUGUGUGAACUGAAAUGGAACUAUCUCUAAGAUUUAUUAAGUUAAAAAAAUUCAAGAGUAGCACAGUGUGUAGGGUAUGCCAUCAUUUGUAUGAUAUAAGGUCGUAUAUCUGCCAUCUCAAAUGAGGAACAGUUGUUGCCUCUGGGAAGGGAAUUGGAUGGCUAGGAAUGAGGUAGGAAAGAGGUUUGCUUUUCAGAACAUUUUAUACUAUUUAAGUUUUGUAACAAGUGCAUCUAUAUUGACUUAAAAGAUAAAAAAUGAAAAGGGAAGGCUCCACUAGUGAUUCUGAUGCUCACAAAGAUUAAGAACCAAUGCGAAUGAGGAACUCAUGAGACCGCCCAGGAGACAGUGAACAUAUCUCUUCAAAUAUCAAAAACCUUUCAGCAGAGGGUGAGAACACGUGCCUGGGGUAAGCAUGGGUGGGCAUGAGCUGGGUACAGAGGUGAUUCCCAGGGACAUACAACUACCUUGCCCUCCUGGGAUCAGGUCUUCCUCCCACCUUAGCCUCCCAUAUUGUUGGGACCACAGGCAUGCACCACCACACCUGGUUAAUUUUUUUUUUUUUUUUUUUGUAGCGACACAGUCUCGCCAUGUUGCCUAGGCUGGUGUCGAACUCCUGGGCUCAAGCAACCCUUCUGCCUCGGCCUUCCAAAGUGCUGAGAUUACAGGCAUGAGCCACUGCACCCAGCCUGACAGUAGCUUUUAAUCUCUGGACUCUCAUCACUGUUUGGACUGUGAGCUGUGGUUCUAGCUCUUGGAUCUGAUGGGCAUCUUCCCUCAAAUAUGUCAGUUUCUCUCUCCAGGUCCCUUGCUUUGUCUUCCUUUUUGCCUCCUCGGGCCUGAUACCUUUCUCUGGGCUUCUCUAUUCUGCCCCGAGCUGCCUGGUUUUGCGAAUAAUGUCACAUCCAGAUGUCAGCAGCCCUGAUGUCCAUGUGACAAUGCUCCCUUGGUGUCCCAGUGACAGAUUUUCCCAUGCUUCACCCUCUCUCUUUUUUAUUUUUUUUUCUGUACACAGCUCUCAGUCAAGCCCCUUGAGCUGCCUCCAACUGUUUGCUCAUGUCUGUUCCCAGCAAUCUUUUCCUCUUUUAGCACAAUCUUCCUUAACUUACUAGUUUUUUGAAACAGAGCCUAUUAGUCUUCACAACGCUACCUUUCUGAUCUCAGAGUUCAUCAAAAAGCUUUUCCUCCCAUCAUGCCUGCCUCCCUUUCUUCAGGUCCGUUAGACUCCACCGUGGCCUGUGUGGGAAGCAAGUCUCUCCCAGGGCACACAUGAACAGACUUCAUGCCCACAUUCACAGUGAACAGUGGCUUCUGCCUUCCAGAUGGGCUUACCCUAAAUCAACACAUAUUCCUAGGAUGUGGGAACAUAUGCAAUACUUAAAUGCACAGGCUCUGGGUUCAGACUCCCUAGGGUUAAAUUCUCCCUGUGCCGGCUAGCUGCAUGAUUAGAUUUGUGAUCUUGACAAAGUUACCUAACGUCUCUGGGCCUCACUUUUCUCAUCUGCAAAAUAGGGAAAAUAGCAACACUUCUCCAUAGGGGUGUGGUGAGGAUAAAGAGUAGAUGUAAAUAAAGUGUUGAAUGUAGAGCCUGGCACAUAUCAAGCUCUUAAAAAGCAAUGGCCAUUUUGUUAUUUUUACUGCAACGACAACUGCAGUUAUUAUCUGACUUCAGAGCUCUCUUUUUAAAAACAGUAUUCCCUGGUUUUACACCCAGGUGCUAAUACUAUUCUAUGAAGCUAAUGUAUAGAGACCAUAUCUUUUUAACAAACGUGUAUAUAUGAGUCAUUUCCGGCACAUUUGAUACACAUCAUCUCGUUUGGUCCUUAAAACAAGCCUAGGCCAUAAGCAGGGUAAGUGUUACCACUUUGCUGUUCCUGUUUUACAGAGGCUUAGACACAUUGAGAAGCUUUUCCAUAGUCACUUAACAAGUGAUGGGUGAAGCCAAAUCAAGCCUUUAGAUCUCCAAGCUCUUUCCAUUAAACCAUAUAAAUCAGGGGUUGGCAAACUUUUUCUGCAAAGGGGACAGAUAGUAAAUAGUUUAAGCCUUAUGGGCCACAUGCUGUGUCUGUUUCAUAUUCUGCUCCUUUUUUAUUUUUAUUUUUUUUAAGAAAAGACACCCUUUAAACAUAUAAAAACCAUUCUGAGCAACAGGCUGGUGCUAAAAACAGGUCAUGGUAACCAUUGGCUCUAGGGUUGUAGUUUACUGUUGAUAUAGAUUGUAUGCUGAUAAGCCAAAAUACAAACCUAAUGAAACUGACAUACUUAAGGAACUUUACUCUUUGUUAGCAAUCAUUGUUAAUAUUUAUUGAAUGGUUACUACGUGGGAAAUGCUGUUCCAAGUGUGAUAGAUAUAUUAACUUACUUAAUCCUCACACCCACUCUAAUUUCAUAAGUACUAUUGUCAGACUCAUUUUACAGACAGGAAAAGCAAGGCAUAGAGAAGGUAAGUAACUUUUCCAAGGUCACAUGGCUAUUAAGUAGCAGAGCUGUGAUUCAAAUAUAAGCAGUUUGGCACCAGACCCUGUGCACUUAACCGCUUGCAUCUCGGUUGGGAGCACUGACUGGUUCAGCUAUUGGGAGGGAAGAAAGGGGAUGGGGAAGCCACAUAACCCCUAGGAGAUUCUGUAAUAAAUAUGCUUCAGAGCCAUUCACCUUGAAGCUGAGGAGGCAUGGAAGCAGGCCACCUGUGUUCUGUACAGCAUCACCAGGCUGGAAAUCUGCCAUGGCUUUCCUUCACGCCAUUACAACAGAGGAUACAGAUGAGGCUGCAGAGGCAUCUUGAUUUGAGAAAAGCAUUUGACUGGAUCUCAUUAAAUUUUAAUCAUAAACUGAAUUCAAAAUAAAUUGAAAACUGGUUGACAGAGCACCAACAAAGGGUGAUGAUAAAUGGUGAUGCAUCUAGAGGGGAGCUAUCUUCCAGGGGACAACUCUAAGGCAAGGACGGAUGGGAUUUAAUGAAGGUGUUAUGUCCCCAGAAGAAGACAAAUAGCACAGCAAGGAACAGAGGAAGGACAGGAGUGAGCAGCCUGAGUAAUUAAUAAACCAUAUUAACAGCUCCUCCAUAAUCAGGCCUUGGUGAUCACAACUGCUUGGAUUUUUUCUUAAGCUUUCUUUGAGUCAGGAAUAGGUUUGAAGCAUCCUAGAGACACACAGCAUGAAUAUUUCAGGUGGACAUUAAAAAGAAAUCUAUAAAUUUACAGCUGGGAGGAUCCUGAGAUCUACUUCGGAUCAGAAACUUUCAAUUACAAGAUUCCCAAGGCCUUACUUCAUUCCCCAGAGAGUAAUCUUUUUAGUAAAUGUCCAAAAGUCAUGGAUUUAAAAAAAAAAUCUUUAAACUCAUUAAUGUCCUUUGUUUCCUGCCCAAAUGCAUGCAAACUUUCAUAACACUGGUUUGCUGAGUGGAAGGUUGGUUUUGAGUGAACUGUUUGGCUCAGAUUCAAACUCCAAUGAACAAAUACUUCCAAGUUUACUUGCUGAAUUUCCCAUACAGAGAAGUUCUUCCACUGGGCUUGCCAGAGGAUUUGAAACAGUGGUGAGCCCUGGAAGGAAGGGAAUAUUUACUGGCCCUUGGACAUAAACCCAGCACAGUAAGACUCACAUCAGGCUGAAGGCAGUGCAGUAUGAACCGACCUGAUUUGAGGAAGUUUGCUCCGGGACUCCUCUGAGCUACUAAAUGAGGAGGAGAAGGACUAAUGGGAACACACUGACUCCAUCACAUUAGAAGUUAUAAUAAACAUUUAGAGAACAACCUCAAA